AUGCCGGCCUUUUUCUCGCGAGUCUUUCGUAGCAAGGACGCCAAUGCUUCCAAGAAGCAGUCCAAACCAUCCGCCGCCACCGAUCUGAUCCCCGCGAAGCCCAAAUGGGCCGACGCCUGGCUACGGACAGAGGUUGCCCCCGAGGAGGUGCAAGACCUCAUUCGAGGCUGUGCGCAUGAGUUGAAAGCUCGAGCUCUUGAUACCCCAUUCCUCCUCCUGCCAUUCCGUCCGAGCUCCGAUCCCAGCGCCGCCCGCACGUUCGUUCGCAACUAUUUCAACCAAUCGUUCGAUAAGGGGGCACCCGUUAGUGGAGAUGAGUUGAUGCAGGAGUUGCGGCUGACGGAGCCGAUGGUUCUGGCCAGUGUGAUGAAAUGGUGCUGGAGCCGAUUGACCGGCGGUGUGGUUACAUGGGAAGCUUAUGAGCUGUUCAAGGUUGGCGAACAAGAUUCGGAUUUGGCCCGCGAUGCAUUCUCUACAUUCAUUCCCAUCAGUGUCGACUCCGAUGCUCGUACCAAGAUCAUCUUUGACUUCUUCGAUCUCUUGGCUGCCAUUGCGGCCCACGGCAAAUCUAACGGUCUGGGAGGCCGUAAGCUCUCACGAUAUGCCGGAUGGUGGGCGUUCGAGCACAGCGACACUGGCAAUGGCUUCGAGGCCUCGUACAAGAACUGGGCUGCUGCCGCCGAUGCCACAAGCCACAUGUUCUUUGCUUACCUUCGCUCUCUCACACCCGAUAUGCCGCGCGGCGUGACUGGUAUCUCGUCGCUGCCCCUUUCUCUUCAGACUCUCGUGGAGGCCACCGAAUAUCCUCCCGAAACUCCAACUCUGCUCCAGGUUACCACCACUAAAGUUGUUAUGAUCGUCGAUACCGUCUCGCCUACGCCUUUCGCUCUGCUGCGCCGGGCAAAGAACUUUGAAUACCGCGACGAACACUGGCACCUGCAGGAAUUUUCCAACUACGAGGAUCCCGUCAAGGCACUGACGGACGAAUGUCUGCGUGUGCUGAAAUGCAUUUCUUCCACUAACGAGUCUAGCGUUUCCAGCACGAAACAAUCCACUAGCUUGCGCGACGCCUCGUGGUCCCGCUUCGAGGAUAUUGGUUUUGGCGGUUCCAUCGAGUCGGAUCAGGAAGAUGAGGAGAACAGAGCCCCUGUAUCAAGGCCGCAGCCGCUCAGCGGCAUGAGGACUGCUCCUCAGUCGCAGGGUGGUGACUUUGGCCGCCCCACGACUCCAUCCUGGGCAGAUUUCAUGUCUUCUGGCUUUACGGACGAGGCGGACCUCAAGGACCGAGUCGGUCCCCUGCUUUUGCCGCCAGACAAGGUUCUGCCGCCGAUUGCGGCCACUCGUGGCCAGAGCUCGCAAUCGCACAAGCGUAACUUGAAUACCGAGCCCUCGCUCGAGCCAGCUGAGCUGGCCAGUAUCAGCACUCUGGAUAUGGACGAUUCCUUCUGGUGGGUCUGGAUUACCAGUCUAUCUGGCGACGAGCCCGGUGCUCGCAAGGCUGUGUUCGGUCGUUGUGCCCUUCUCGAGACGCGCAUUCGAGACACCAAAUGGCUCGUCCUGGAGGAGCAGGUCAAGGGCGCUGCCCCCGAGCCGGAUGCUGGCGCCCAGAUCGUUGAGAAGAAGCGCUUCUUCAGCUUUGGCAGCCGCAAGGGUGGCGCUGGCAAGUUGAGCCGUAGCAAGUCGUCGGCCAAGAAGGUUCCUUCGAUUGAAGAAUCAUACCAGCGUCCCAACAACCUGGCUCAACAGAGCAAGACCAGCAUUGGCCCUGACCAGCACAAGAGGAUUCAGGCCGCCGCUGCCGCUCUCCAGAAGAAGCACCGUGAGCAGGAAGCCGAGGCGAACCAGGCCCGAAAUGGCCCAGGUAAUGACACUCGCUCGACCAAGACCAACUCUGUUAUGACGCUGCAGCCUGCUAUCGUGAAUGAGGCCUCCUCGGCCAUGAAGUGGGCUAGCAACUAUGAUAAGAAUGCCUUCCGCGCUGCCUACUUGAGCAACAGCCGCGCCGGUACUGGUUCUGUGGCCGAAGGUGCCAACGGAGAGACCAAUGGUACCCAUGUCGAGCGGCCAAUCACCCCGCCUGCUCCUCUCCCAACCAGCACUGCUAAGAGUGGCCCUGCGCCACCUCCGAAGGACACUGGCGCUUUGGUUACGCCUCUUCCUCCCUCCCCCGAACCUGUCAAGCAGGAGCUUGCCAACGAGCCUGUUCCUGUUCCUCAAGAGAAGAAGAACGCCAAGACUGUUGUGAUCGAGGACCCUGCCGAUUCUCAGCCCAAGCAAUCGAUUGACGAGAGUGGCAAGAAGAUUAAGAAGAAGACUGGCAAUGCCGGCUUCAAGAACAUGUUCGGCAAGAAGAAGGUCGAGCAGCCGCAGCCGCCCAUGAAGAGCACUGGUGCCAAGGAGACCUCCGCAGUGGCCGCUGCUCGUGCUGCGCUCGAGGCCAAGGCUAAGGAGUCCCGGGACCCCGUCACCCCCAAGCCUAGUGCUAUCAAGAAGAAGCCAAUUCCUGUCGCUGCGGCCGAGUCCACUCCCGCCCCAGUCCCAGUCGCAGCCCCAGAGCCCGUGGCCGAGAAGCCCUCUACUCCUCAGCAUGCCCCCGAGCCCGCUCAGGAGGAGCCGCAGGCCCCCUCUCAAGUGAUCCAGGGCAGCGGCAGUCCCCCCAAGACUCGUCGUGCCGUUGAGUACGACGCUCUCUCCCGUGUCGACACCAACGAGGCCAAUGCCGCCGACCAGGAAUUCUCCAAGUUCGACCACGGUCCUCUCGUUGAGCAACCCGCCUUUGUCCCCGAGGACUCGCCCGUGGACCCCGAACCCAAGGAAGAAGUGCUUCUCAAGUCGCCCACCAACGGUAAUGGCCACGUCCAUGAAUUGAAGCCCGAGGCUGCUCCCGAACCUCAGCCUGUGCCUCAGUCUGGGCGUUUCACCAGCACGGAGGACCGCUGGGCGCAGAUCCGCAAGAACGCGGCCGAGCGCCGCGAUGCUACCCCCGCUGCCAGCGAGGAGCCCGAGGUGCGGACUAGCCAGUCCGAGCGCACUGACGAGGGCGACACCAGCGGCGAGGAGACCAUCGAGUCGCGCGUCGCGCGUAUCAAGGCCCGUGUUGCCGAGUUGACCGGUAACAUGGAGAAUGCUCGUUAA